CUUUGGAUAAAUAAACCACGGUUUUCUCGGGGUGGAUGGGUUUGACUGUCACUACAGUCGAAAAAACCAAAGCCAAUCUUGGGAAAAACAGCCACCCAUUUUUCCAUUUUACUUUACACACUAUAAUUCUCUCAUAUUUUUGUAUUUUGUAACGCCUGCUAGCUGCUUUCCAACUACAAAACACAAAGAGAUAGAAAAUUUAAAAGUUAAUAUUCAAGCUUGUGGGGGCGUUUUGCCUUUUGGGGUUCUUUCUUUCUUACUUUUUUUCCUUUAUGAUGGCUGAGACCGAGACUGACCAUGGUUUUGAGGGGGACCAGGAGACUGCAACAGCUACUACUACUAGUAGUAGUUUUUCUCAGUUAUUGUUUGGUGGUGGCCAUGACGAUGAUGGUGAUGCUCUUGGUCCUGCCCAGAGUUUUAACUACACUUGCUCUUCGUUUGCUGUGAAGAGUACACCCAAAAUGCUUUGCUUUGGGGGAUGCCAUCCAAAUGAUGCUGAAAUAGUGCUUGGUAAACCUGCUAUUCAUGCUGCUCCUAAAGCUGGGCUCACAUGCAGUGAUUCUUCCUCGACUUCUUCUGGUAACAACACCAAAUCGAUGCAGUGCAGGGGUGCCAUUGUUGAAGCUCAACCGACAAGGCGAAGAACCAAUAAAAGGUCCAAAGUCGAGAACCCCACCACCGGCGGCCAUGCAAAGGUGAGGAAAGAGAAGAUAGGAGAUAGAAUCAAUGCGUUGCAGCAGCUGGUUUCACCAUUUGGCAAGACAGAUACGGCAUCAGUACUCCAUGAAGCAAUGGGUUAUAUCAGGUUCCUGCAUGACCAGGUUCAAGUCCUUUGCUCUCCUUAUCUGCAACACCCGCAUGAUGGUGAAAACAACGGAGGUGAAGAAUCAAGAAAGGAACUGAAGAGCAGAGGGCUGUGCCUGGUCCCCGUUGCUUGCACUGCUCACGUGGAGAAUAGCAACGGUGCCGAUUUCUGGUCACCGGCGACGAUGGGAAACAAUGUAAUAAUAAGGCAGUGAAACUGUGAAUUUAUAUGUAGCUAGUUUUUUGAAGUAUACUUUGUUAGAAGGUUAGGGCUAACUUGGUAAAGAGCUAAGCAGUGCCAUUUUUGUCUGGAAAAAAAAAGAGAUUUUGAUA